AUGUUUCCACUAUGUUUCCAUUCCAUUCGCGCUUCUGUACCUGCUUACGCUGCCAUCGUUGUCCCCCCAGACACGGGGGCGCACGCCGACUUUUUCAACGCCUUCUCGAGCAGAUGCGUUCCUGCUCCUGCAAUUGUUGCUCGAGGCUCCUGCCGGCGGGCCCAACCACCAAAAACCCACAUUAAUUCCGUAGGGCUAAACCGGCUUGAUUUCCAAUAUGUUCUCAGCUGUUUCUCAGACAUUACUACUCCGUAUGCUGUCCUGAUGAUCCCUGCCUUCGGCUUCCGUUGCAGACUAACGACGAGACAAAAACCGGGCCCUAACGCAGGGAAGGGUAGCGGCAGCCGCUGGCAGAUGUCAUUAUCACGAGUGCCAUGCAUUGCAGCUGCAGUAUGCACAUGGCGGGUUCGCGGACGGUGUUGGUCACGUGACGUUCCAUGUGAAUUUGUGAAAUUUGCUCUUAACCAUUCAUUAAAGUCGAGUUCUACAGUAGUUUUAGGCUUGAGAGUCACAGGGCUAUAUGGUAAAGAUUCGCAAGAAUAG